AUGGCGGCUGCACUUGGCCUAAUCAAAGCUGGCCAUCAGGUGGUCGUUUAUGAACGCUAUUCGCACGCGCGGCCCGCUGGGAGCAUUCUCAAUCUCUGGCCUCCCCCCAUCAAAGCGUUAGAAGACAUGGGUGUUGAUAUCAAGGAGAUCGGUGCUGGAUGCAGUACCUCAUUCUGGAGUUCUUCUGGCGUCAAACGAUGCGAGGUCAAGAUUCCUACAGGUAUAGGAGCGGAGUACGGCGGUGGUUUCGUUGGGCUUCUUCGACCUGACCUGUACUCACGCAUGCUCGAUGCGUUGCCCAAAGAUACUAUUAAAUUCAACCACAACGUGACUGAAAUAUCCGACAAGGGAGACAAUGUCCUUUUGACUUUCGCUGACGGCACCAAGGUAGAGACUCCGGUACUUAUCGGCGCGGAUGGGAUUGAGUCCUUCACCAGGCGCUAUCUUUGGGGCCCUCAGGACAAGCGACCGCACAACCUCUUUGUCUAUGGAGGCUACACGCUUCAUGAGGACUUCAAUAAUGCGGAUAGUGAGGUCAGAAUCAUUCAUAGCCCAACAACACAGUGUGCGGUGACUGCAAUAAAGAGCAAGGGGCGGAGAGGAGUCCAGUGGUGGUUUGUGGAAGGCUGGCCAGAUGACAAGCCUGUUCCAGAGAGUGGCGAACAAGUUCACCAGCGGGCUGUUAAGCAAGCCGCAGAGUCUUUUCCUACCGUAGCCGACGUUGUCAGAAAAACUCCCGCGACCCAAACACAGAUUUGGAAAAUCCGGGACCUAAAACCAAUCCCGCAUUGGUCGAAAGGUCGCAUAACAUUGGCCGGAGAUGCGGCGCAUGCGACAUCGCCCUAUGCCGCGUAUGGUGCUGGCAUGUCAAUUUGUGAUGGAUACUUCUUGGGCCAGUUACUCCAUGGCGUCGAAUUGAGCGACAAAUCUGCCGUGAGUGAAGCGCUUGUGCAGUACGAGAGAUGCCGGAUGGCCCAUACUUACGAACAGGUGAACUUGGCAUACUUCAACGGCCAAUUCUUUCACCACACGCCAUGGUAUCUCCGAUUCUUCCGCGAUGCACUCCUCAAUUGGACGCCUUUCAUGCAAUGGGUGGUGGGUGACCGCAAUGCAAAUUCCAUUCUCGCCCAGCUGGAUGAGAUGGGGGACGGAAUCCUCAAGCCAGCACCGCAUAGAGUGACAGUAGCUUGA